AUGAUUGUUCGCACAAAACCACACGUCGCUUUCAAAUGCUUGAUUGCAUUUACUCUCAUUUUCUACGCAAUUCAACCAGUUGUACUCAUAAUCUAUGAUGUUGGCUCGCGAAUACUCAAUAAAACCAAUCAAGCAGCUCCUAAAGAGGAGUUGUUCGCAUUCAUCACUUCUUCCUACUACUAUCCUGUUUCUAAAAGCCUUGGCAACAACUCGCUGGCUCUUAUAUUAACAAUAAAUGACGAGAAGAAGGCGGAAUCGUGGAUGGAAAUGCAAUGGUGGAACGGUGUCGAGCAGCCGAAAAUCAUGGUGCUUGCACGCAAUUCAACCGACGCUGUUUUGCGGACAACCGAUUAUCAAAGAGUAACUCCACAUAUGGUUUGCAAGAUGAUCACAGUGUUCGCCACCGUUCAAUUAUUGCCGAAUGUCAAGAGCAUUUCAUUAGUUGGAGAGAAUGGGAUCGUCGAGAUUCCGUUCAAUCGGCCUUCAGCAAUUCCGAGAGACGUCGUUGUGUGCAUUUCACCGCUUUUCGUCAACGAGCAAUGGCAGAAUUUUCUGUUCGCUGUGCAUAUUUACAAACACUUCGGAGCUCAUAUGCAUUUGUAUCUGAUCAGCGCGAUCGACUCCUUCUACGAUCUAAUGAGAGUUUAUGAGGAUAUGGGCUAUAUGACAAUCCAGCCGUGGGUGAGUGUGAAGUUCCCGGAAAUCCCAUCAAACGUCGUCGAUCCCAACAACACGAUCGAGUUUCGGAAUCAAGCCGCCUCGCAAUCAGACUGUCUUCUUCAAUUCAAAGAAUCGGCGAAGUUCGUGACAUUCCUUGAUUUUGAUGAUGUUCUGAUACCAAAACUCGCACCGACGUACGCUAAGGAAUUCGCGGCGAUCAUCGGAAACAACAAACACAUCUCCUAUAUUCAUUAUCACAAAGAAAAUCACGAUGUGAUGACGGUGAAGAAUGCGGAGAAGUUCUCGUUCGAGCGAAUGCUUCAAAGUUUGACCUACGAGCAUGUGAGGGAAACUGGAAAAAUGGUUGCGAUUCCAACAAAUCUCAAUUACACUUGGAUUCAUUUUCCGCCGUAUAUGCCAAGAGGAAUGACCAAAAUAAUUACUGAGAAAAAUGUGAUAACUCAUCUCAAAAAUAUUUAUUGGAUGGAUGAUAUUCUUGGCGUUUGGAACAAUCGACUUCCGACAUUCUAUAACGACGACGGUCAGGACAUCAUCAAAUCAAAGGACGUCGGACUAAUCGAAUCGGAUUUGAGGAGAAUAAUGCGAACUGCCCGUGUUCGCCGAAUUCUUGAAAAGCUACCCAGACAACGCUACUACUCUGAUCUGGUGGGUCAGUGCUACUACGAGAAGUUCUACUAUUAUCAUUAUUCUGGAAGGACUAGCAAGAUUACCUGCCCGGGUCCUCAUAUGUGCGAGUACCCCCAAUUGCCAAAUUUGAAAUGUGUUCACGUCGACGCCACCUAUCCCAAAAUCACGCGGAUGAACCCAUUGACCGUCAACUUUGCAACCGAUGCGAGGAGAAAAAAAAUCGCUCCGAAGUAUCGGCAACGGAAUGAAAAUGGACGUGUUUAUGGAACAAUCCAGUGCAGAUCGCCGUCCACUGCGAGUUUCAGAAAAACUGUAGUUUGUAUGGACGAUUCGACUUUUGUUAUCGUCGACUAUCACCGCGAUGAAGAACGAAUUAGCUUGGAUUUUGAUAUUCAUAGGAUGACAGAACAAUGGAAAGUUUCAAACGAUGAUGGAUUUUUGUUUAGUGGUGUCACUCAGCUGGAUACAACAUUCGGAUUGAGCGGGCUGUAUGUCACUUUGAUGUGCACCACAGUAAAGAUAUUCAAGUCGAAAAAAUCAAAAAAGCCGAGAACUAUUGGCAUUAGCUAUUUGUUGCACUCCAAAAAGACUAUGGAAUGCCACAAGUUUCACGCAAACCAUGUGAACGAAUACCUGCAAAAGCAAGGUUUCAAAAAUGACCGCGUUGUGCCUGGAUUCAUCACGGACGGUGAAAAAUCCUUUGAGGAAUAUUACAAGGUUUGA